AUCAACUCUUAUUAAGCCAGAACCGCCGAUUAAGAAACCUAUAUGGCGCUCUGAUUUAUAUCUCUAUAGUUAUGACAACCAUUUCGCUUCCAGAGUCCACCAUCAAGCAGUUGCAUGACUUCUUCCUGUUGAUCGACGAAGAUGCCGACGGCCUAAUCGGCCAUGCGGAUCUCCAGCGAAUGUUCAAAUCGAUCAACUACGACAUUCCCGUGGAGGAAGUGCGCCAAAUGAUCAAAGAUGCCGGACCCGACCCCACGGCCAACACCAUCAACUUCAAUACAUUGUUGUCAGUAAUGGAUGAGCGGUUAAACCAGUUUUCCGGGAAGGACGACUUGAACAGCGCGUUGCUGUACUUCCAUGGUGACAGCGAGAAGGAGAUCGAUGCGGUGACAUUCAGUGAGUAUUUGGCAAGCAUCAACCAGAACGACCCGGAAUCACAAAAGGCGAUCAAAAUGGUGUUUUCCGAGUUUAGCAAGGCGAAGGAGAUAACUGGGGAGGUUAUUUUCAACUACACAAAGUUUGUGAACCAAGUGGGACAGGACGAAUAAAGGCAGCAUCCCGGUUGAUGCCAAGCGUGCGCGGAUGAACUGCAAACGUCGAAUCCAUGACAAUGGGCCUAUUAAAUCUGAGAACAUUUGGGUAUAAUUGAGAACAAACUAUCCUAAUUGGUUACGUUGCCAGUGACCCGACCCGAAAAAAUGCCGUAUUUCGGUGCUCAGAGUUAUGUCACAGAAUUGUUGAGAUACGGAACAGGAGUUUUAGUGAACUAAAUAUCAUUUUAUGCCAGUAAUUGACACCCGACCAACAUAUGUCAGGUAGUACAACCGAUGGAAUUUUAGUAAUAUCACAGAAUUUCCACUAUAUACACAUCAUAGAUGCCAAAGUCACGA